AUGGAAAAAGUCAACAGCACAUUGUUGACUGAGUUCAUUCUCACAGGAAUUCCCUACCCUCUCGGGCUAAGAACGUUCCUGUUUGUGUUCUUUUUGCUAAUCUACAUCUUGACUCAGCUGGGAAACCUGCUUAUUCUAGUCACUGUCUCGGUGGACCCGCAGCUCCAUGCCCGUCCCAUGUACAUCUUUCUUGGUGUUCUCUCCAUCAUUGACAUGGGCAUCUCUACCAUCAUUGUCCCUCGCCUCAUGAUGAACUUCACUUUAGGCAUUAAACCCAUCCCAUUUGGUGGUUGUGUGGCUCAGCUGUAUUUCUAUCACUUCCUGGGCAGCACCCAGUGCUUCCUCUACACCUUGAUGGCCUACGACAGGUACCUGGCAAUAUGCCGGCCCCUGUACUACCCUGUGCUCAUGAAUAGCAGGUUAUGCACCAUCCUCGUGGCUGGAGCUUGGGUGGCAGGGUCCAUCCAUGGGUCUAUCCAGGCCACCUUGACCUUCCGCCUGCCCUACUGUGGGCCCAACCAGGUAGAUUAUUUCUUCUGUGACACCCCUGCAGUUUUAAGGCUAGCCUGUGCCGAUACAACAGUCAACAAGCAGGUGACCUUUGUGGACAUCGGAGGUGCCACUUGCUUCUCCCUGAUCCUCCUCUCCUAUGUACAGAUCACUCAGGCCAUCCUAAGAAUCCGUACAAAUGAUGGGCGGCGCCGAGCCUUUUCAACCUGUGGAGCCCAUGUAACCGUGGUCACUGUCUACUAUGUGCCCUGUGCCUUCAUCUACCUUCGGCCUGAAACCAACAGCCCCCUGGAUGGGACAGCUGCCUUAUUUCCCACAGCCAUCACCCCUUUCCUCAACCCCCUCAUCUAUACGCUGCGGAACCAAGAGGUAAAGCUAGCCCUGAAGAGAAUGAUAGGAGCCCCCGGGACAAAGAGUAAGGUUUGA